AUGACGAGCUCUUCGUCGGUAGGGUGGAAUCGGAAGCCGAGGGCUAGAGCAGUGGGGGCGGGGGUUUUGGGAGCGGGGGUGUGCGGCGGCAAUGGUGGCGGUGGCGGUGGCGGUGGGAAAGAUGAUCUGGACACCCAACUAUGGCAUACAUGCGCCGGGUCUAAUAUCUAUGUCCCACGCCCUGGAGACAAAGUCUUUUACAUUGCUCAAGGCCAUAUUGAACAGGUUGAGGCAUAUGCAGACACAGACUCUAAUUCGGCCAUGCCAAAAUACAAUUUGCCUCCCAAGAUUCUUUGUCAUGUUGUCAAUGUUCAACUUAAGGCUGAAGUUCACACAGAUGAGGUCUUUGCGCAAAUAACAUUGCUUCCUGUGACGGAGCAAGAUCAGCUAAGUCUUGAGGAUGAAAAUGCUCCAUCUUUGCCUCAUAGAACCAGGACAUACUUUAGCAAAAUACUCACUCCAUCUGAUACAAGCACCCAUGGUGGAUUCUCUGUUCCAAAGCGGCAUGCUGAGGACUUCUUUCCACCUCUGGAUUUGUUUCAGCAACCACCAGUACAGGAACUCACCGCAAAGGAUUUGCAUGGAGUUCAAUGGCAUUUUCGGCAUAUAUAUCGAGGUCAGCCAAAGAGACACUUGCUCACUAGUGGUUGGAGUACGUUUGUCACUGCCAAGAAGCUUGUUCCUGGGGAUGUAUGUAUCUUUGUCAGAGGAGAAAAUGGAGAGCUUCGUGUUGGCAUACGCCGUGCGACCAAAACACAAGACAAUGCAACAGCUUCUCUCAUUUCUGGUAAUAGCAUGCAGCAUGGCAUCCUUGCUUGUGCCUUCCAUGCCAUUUCUACUGGAACCAUGUUUACCGUGUAUUAUCGUCCUUGGACCAGUCCUGCACCAUUCAUAAUUCCAUAUGAUCAAUACAUGAAAUCAGCCCAAUAUGAAUAUUCUGUUGGGAUGAGAUUCAAAAUGUGGUUUGAAGGUGAAGAAGGUGCAGAGAAGAGAUGUGAAGGUACCAUAAUAGACAUUAAUGAUAAGGAUUCUAUUAGGUGGCCCAGUUCUGAGUGGGGGCGUCUGAAGGUGCAAUGGGAUGCCACUUCAGAUACAAUCUUGCAUUCGGAAAGGCUCUCUCCUUGGAACAUUAAGCCUGCAGAAUCCAGCAAUAAGAAGAGGGCUUCUUUCCCUCGCCCACAUCAUAAGAGACUACGUAUACCUGAUCCUUCAUCACCUAUGUUUUCUGGGUUGGCCAGGAAUGGCCCAUUUCCAUCAAUAAUGCCUCAAAGACAAGAGGUCUUUCAAGGUCAAGAAAUAAGCGAAAUACAUGCCUAUGAUCUGGAUGCUCCAAUGCAUGACCCGCUACACCAAAGUCCUUGCAGUUCAAUAGCAUUUUCCUGUGAAAAUAUGCUGACUCCAUGUAACACUAACCAAUGGCCCCCGCAGUUUACUCCUUUUGGGGUUGACAGUGAACCAUUUAGCAGAAGCAUGUCGGUUCCAAAUAUAAACUCCUCUGGGUCUCAAGAAUUAAGUGCCUCCAAACAGAGGAGUAAGACUCAAGGGCCAUUUGUUCGACCAAAUACCCUCAUGCUUUUUGGAGUCAAUUUAGAUAACAGUCACUCGGAGCUCCCUUCACCACAAGUUGCCAAUUCUACCGGACUUUUAAGUCCUUGUUCUAUUCCUCCAAUUUCUCAGUCAAGUGUUUCUGAAACUGUCCAACUUUCAGAGACAUCCAAGAGUUUUUCUUGCGUUCAUUCUGAGACACAAAGCAAGAAAUGUUGUUCUGUCAGCAACAGGAGUUGCAUAAAGGUGCUCAAGCAUGGAGCAGCCCUUGGAAGAUCGGUGGACCUCACACGCUUUGAUGGGUAUGGUGAGCUUGUUUCUGAGCUUGACCAAAUGUUUGAUUUUGAAGGAAGGUUGAUCGACGGAAGCAGUGGAUGGCAGAUAACUUACAUGGACGAUGAAGGCGACAUGAUGCUCAUAGGAGAUUACCUGUGGCAUGAAUUUCUGUCAAUGGUGCGAAAAAUGUUCAUCUGUCCAAAGGAUCAAGAAGUCGACAAUCUGAAUCCAGGGUCACCAAAUGCGACAUCCCCCUAA